UCAGAUCUUGACUUGAUGCGUCGCUGUGAGGAAUGUAAAGUGAGGGUUUUCAGGGAAAUGCGCAGGGGCACACCAACCAGUAAAUCGUCUUAGCCUCACACGUUUUUAGAUCUCAUCCAGUGCUAAUUUCUCCAGUCUGCUUCCGUUUGAUAAUAUCUUUUAAUUUAUGUGCACUUCACCGGCCAUGCAGCGCGUACAGCCCUCACCGCGUGCAGCGCGUAAAAGCGAGUGGCUCCGGAGCGCCCUGGCACAUCACCACUGCUCCGAUCCUGGAGUGGAGAACGAAAUCGUUGUUUUGGCCACUGGAAUAGACCAAUAUCUGCAAGAAGUCUUCCACCACCUGGCCUUCCCCAGCCGGGACGAUACUGUGUCGGCGAAAGAUUUCACUGCGCUCUGUGCCGUUCUGAGACUGAACAGAGCUGAGGUAGGAAAGAAAACUGCGACCGUAAAGGAAACAGCGGGAGCUGGAGAACGAGAAGAGGAAGAUGAAGAGUUUAGAGAUAUAUGCUCUGGGCUUCCCAGCCAGCUCUCUUUCAAAGAAUUUCACUCACGGCUCUGUGGGUAUUUCCGUGUGCGCAGUGCGCGUAGAGGUACCGGGGAGUGUGCCUUGCGUCUGCCCGUUAGCGAGGAUACAGAGCUGGUAGAAAAACAGAUCCGGCUUCGGUGGCCGCGAGUUAGGCGGAGAAAGUGUGUCAGUUUUGAUCUGACAAAGGACCAGAAUGGAUCAGUCAACACAUCUGUGAAAGAUCGGACCUCAGAGCACCGUGAACCAGAUGAGGUGGCAGCUCUAAGGGAGCUGGUGGAGGACCUCCGCUCAGCGCUGCAGGGGAGCGAUGCCCGCUGCCUGGCCCUGGAGGUGGCGCUCCGACAGGAGAGGAGCAGCACCCUCCCUUCUGCAUCCUGCUACAACCCUACGGUUUCAAAGCCUAAGACUUCCAUCACAUUUAUCCAGGGAAAACUAGUUCCAACUCAAAGAAUUAAAGGACAGUUAAGCAGUGCUGCAGGAGACUCAGCAAGGAGAGUGGCAAGGAAACGAGAUAUCAGAGACCCACUUCUAAGGGAGCUGAAGCUGAUCCGCUCCUCACGUGAUGGGCAGCUGGAGGAGGCCAUCAGAUUCAAUAAGCAUCUGGAGGAGGAGCUGCAGUGGGCGUACCAGGAGGUGCGCAAGUUGCAGGGGGUGGAGGCUGCACUGAGGAAGGAGAACACUCAGAUCAGGAAGCGGGCAGAGGAGGCCAGGGAGGCUCUGAGCUCGGGGCUGCAGCAGGUUCGGCUGAUCCAGGAGCAGGCCCGGUCUGUGCCCCAACUCCAGUCCAGGAUCACCCAGCUUGAGACUGAGCUGCACAGAUACAGAACCAGCUGCACGUGUGUCCUCAGCCCUGGAAGUCAACAGAACCACCCCGAAGACACUUGCAGCAAAACAGAUGCUGAGUGUCUACAGAGGGCAGUGGAGGGAAGAGCUGCAUCUGAUGAAGAGGAGGAGGACAGUAGGAUGAGAGAGGAAGAACAGCGCUGCCUGAUGGAGGUGAAGAGGCACAUUGGACGAAUGCACGGCUGUAGCAAAGGUUUCAGCAGCACUUCUAAAGACAACAGGGGGCACUUCUGUCAGAAAGGACCAAACCAAGAGUGGCCGCAGGGAGGCUUUAAACAAGCGAGUCCUGAGGAAGAGGAGGAGAGGACACAAGAGGAAAAUGCGAAAACACGUCUGUCUUUGUUGGAGGGCAAACUCACUGAUUCGCUCGCGUUGCUGCUGCAGCUACGUAACAAGAACAUGUCCAGCAGGGGGCUGGGGAAGAUGGUGAUGGAUACUUUGGAUGUGUGCAGCAGGGGUGGAGCUGAUCCUGCAGGUCGCUGAUUCUCUCUCCGUCCACUGAUCCACAACUGCUCAAAGAUGGAGGAGAAAGGAUGACGGAGGAGGAGGAGAGACAGAGAGAAACUCCUGCUUCUACCCUCAGGAUAUCAAACUAGCAGUGUCAACCCACUGCUCAUCUCCUGCUGAGUCAGCUGUAACACAUGUGCUGUAUUGCAUGAUUAGCUUGUUUGCACCAUGUAAUUUUUAAAGUAUUUAAUAAUGAAAUAAUUUAUGUAAUUUAGUCUGCUAGUGUUUUAUUCCGCAUCUGUUUAGGUUGAAUGAUUAUUUGUUUUUACUGGACUUUUCUUCCAUUUCUGUGAAGACAGAAAUUCCAAGGCCAUCUGAUCUGAAACACACUCAAGCUGAAAAGAAAAGCACAUCCAAGAGACUCUUCAAAGAGACCAGUUCAUCCAGCUUUCAUUUACUAGUAUAGCAAACGUCUACUAGACACGUUUGGUGGAAUAUACUGUACUUCAGUGAUUCUUGUGUAAUUAUUGUCUCAUUAAGUUGUGUUAAAAUAUACCCAAAUACCUUUAUUUUUUGAAAAGCUAAUGUUUUCCAGGUUUCAUUCUAAUCAGAUAACACUGAAAACCCCCAUUAAACUGCAC